GGCGCGCCUUGCAAUUGAAGUUACCUGAAAACAGUCACUGAAUCUCAGGGUGUUGCUCAAAGUUGCAAAAGGACGCCAAGAGUUACUCAUCCGAACAACUAACUGGUCCAAGCGCUCAAUCAUCACCGGGAAAGCAAACACGAACAGGACGAAACCGUGUUACGGCUCAUCACUUCACCUUCACAUCAACCUCUAUCCAUCAAUCAUCUCAAAUCCAGACUCCCAAAAUGGCAUCCCCACAACAACCCCCAUUCGGAUCCAACACCGCCUCCCCCUCAAACAACUCACCAACAGCCUCCCCCCUCCUCGAAGGCCGCGACUCGCCCAACCUGCCGCUAACCAUGACCGCCUCCACGGUGCUGAUGACCCUCCCGCGGGACGCGACCGCCGCCCUCGCCGAAGCGGGCACCUUUGACCAAGAGAAGGUGGUGAUACGGUUCAAACCGGUCGGGUCGGCCCCCGCCCUCCGGAGGGAGCAGGUCAAAGUGGUCAGCACGCACAAGUUCGAGACAGUGGUGGCGUACCUGCGGAAGACGCUGAAGGUGCAGGAGACGGAUAGCGUGUUUUUGUAUGUGAAUAGCGUGUUUGCGCCGGCGUUGGAUGAGGUGGUGGGGAAUCUGUGGAGGUGCUUUAAGGAUUCUACGAACCAGUUGAAUGUUUCGUAUUCGAUGACGCCGUCUUUUGGAUAAUCACCUCAGGUCCGAAAGGGGAGUCGAUACCAGGAAACUUACAGAGUCGGAUCAUAUCACUUAUGGACAGCGCGCAGGCCAUGUCGGGAUCAUGGCCAGCCGUCUCGAAGAGCCACCCAAUAAUGCCGAGACUACUUCAGCAUCUUACUAGAUCAUGACACCAGGAAUCGCCACAUCAUCAAGGUCACCAAUGUCAGCAGCACCUCACACGAGGUUGAGGAGAUCACGAGAAGCUCCAGCAGAAAAGAUAUCUAUCAAUUACUACAUUACCA